AUGGUCAAGGUUCUUCUGACUGGAGGCAGUGGCUUCAUUGCUGCUCAUAUCAUUGAUGUUUUAUUGGCGCGUGGGUUCGCCACAGUAGUCACUGUUCGAUCCGAGGACAAGGGCCAGAAGAUCCUGGGAGCGCAUCCUGGCACACCGAAGGAGAAGCUUUCGUAUGUGGUCGUCAAAGAUGUUGCAGCAGACGGAGCUUUUGACAAGGCCGUCAAGUCUGACCCACCGUUUGACUAUGUCCUCCAUACUGCAUCGCCUUUCCAUUACAACGUCACCGAUCCCGUUAAAGAUUUCAUGGAUCCUGCAAUCAAGGGAACAACGGGUAUUCUGAAGGCAAUCAAGGCCCACGCACCAACAGUCAAGAGAGUCGUCAUUACUUCAUCGUUUGCCGCCAUUGUCAACGUGAAGAAGCACGCCGAGGAGUACAGCGAGAAAGUCUGGAAUCCAGUUACAUGGGAGGAAGCCCUAGAACCUUCUCAGACUUAUAGGGGCAGCAAGACAUUCGCGGAGAAAUCCGCAUGGGACUUCAUUGAAAAGGAGAAGCCAAACUUCGACCUUUCAACCAUCAACCCCCCUAUGGUCAUGGGCCCAAUUGUGCAUUACUUGAACUCACUUGACGCCAUCAAUACGUCCAACAAACGGAUCGCUGAUAUGAUCGAGGGCCGUUACAAGGAAAAGCUCCCCCCCACAGGCUCAUAUCUGUGGGUGGACGUCCAUGACGCCGCACUUGCACAUGUCCGAGCGAUCGAGGUUCCAGAAGCAGGCGGCCAGAGAUUCUUUGUCACUGCCGGCUACUUCACGAAUAAAGCCAUUGCUGAUAUUAUUCGGGAAGCAUAUCCCGAGCUGGCUGAUAAAUUGCCUCCCAAGGACUCUCCUGACGACCUUCCAGCUGACAUCUAUAAGUACAAUAACAAGAAGUCUAUCGAAGUCUUGGGUAUCCAAUAUCGGUCACUGAAGCAAUCGAUCGUGGAAACAGUCAAGUCAUUGUUGGCUGUCGGCGCAUGA